UACAUUGACCGCAGCGUGAUGACGUCUCACAGCCCCUGCUGGCACUUCGACGGUUCUCACUACCUCUCGCGUGUUCAUGUUUAAUCCAGCAAACAACACUGUCAGUGACGAAACCGUCUCUUCACCAUUAACGUCUACCGAAAUGCACUUCACAGAAUGACUUGAGUCACCUCAUCUUUACUUCACUUUGGCUUCAGUUUAAGUCCUCCGGCGCAAUGGCCGCCCUGCUCGCCGCAAAGCAAGCCCUGAGGAAAGACUUAAAGCGAAGGGUGGCAGCGCUGAGUGCCGAGGAGAAGCAGCGUCAGUCUGCAGUCCUCUCACGGCAGCUGUUCAGACACCCCAAGUAUUUGUCCUGUAAGAGGAUUGCUGUGUUUCUCAGCAUGGAUGAUGAGGUGCGCACCGAGGAUAUCAUCAAAGAUCUGUUCAAAUGGGGUAAAAGCUGCUUCAUUCCAAGAUAUGAGCGCAGCAGCAGCCAUAUGGACAUGUUGGAGCUCAAAAGUCUGCAGGACGUGGAGACGCUGCCUCUGACAUCAUGGAACAUCAGGCAGCCCGCUGAAGAUGACAAAAGAAGAGAGGAAGCGCUUGCUGGGGGGGGUCUGGACCUGAUCCUCAUGCCUGGCCUGGGGUUCGACCGGUUUGGGAGACGUCUGGGAAGAGGGAGAGGCUUCUAUGACACAUACUUGGAGCGCUGCAUCAGACACCCCAGUGGAAAACCCUACACCAUCGCCUUGGCCUUCAAAGAGCAGCUUUGUCACGAAAUCCCUGUCGAUGACAACGAUGUGCUCAUAGAUGAAAUCCUGUAUGAGGAUGAGUAGCUAAUCCGUCAUGAAGUCAAGGCUGGUCAUAUUUACAAGUCAAAGUCCGCCAAAUGUUUAACCUGGCCUCUCAAUUGGAUAGUGUGGCCGUGGUUACACUUCUCUCUUUGAUUUUUGUGGCUGUGUCAUUAUGUUGCUGUUCCAAAGCUUUUAUUUUGAUGUAGCAGGAUAAUUGAAUGUGCUUUCAUGAGCUGUAAGUUCAAAUGACUGACAGCAGGUCUUAAGGCCCAGGUGGAAUUCAUGUUGGUUUUUCCACCUGUGAUAUCCCUGCUAUGACUUGUCAAAAUAUAAUAUGUUACCACAUUAUACAAAUGAAGAUAAUUCAUGGCUGUGUUGAUUGUGUUGAAAUAUUUUGUGCCAGUUUCUGCUCUGUAUGUCCUGCUGCUGAUGUUACCAUAAAGAUGUGUGAGGUAAUCACAAACUACAUAAACAUGAUUGCUUUACACAAUUAUACCAUUAAUGGACAAAUACAAGAAAUGUGGAUUCAUGUUUUAAAUAUAUAUUUCUACAUGUUUCAUGGACCUCGAUUGCUAUUAUCCAUAAGUGUCUUCUACUGCUCUCACACUGUACCAGCUCACAUAGUGACUGACUGCACGUCGUUAUUCUGUUUGAGUCUUGGACAUCACUCCUGGAGCAGAAAUUGACCGUGUUAUUACUAGUUGUGAUAUUCAGGAUUUAAUCUGGGAAGUUCAACAUGCACGUUUAAAAGCCUUUAGACCUAAUGACUGACGUCCCUUGAUCAGAAAGUCAAGGUUAUUGUGUUGCCAUCCAUCCAUCCAUCUUCAACCGCUUAUCUGGGGUCGGGUCACGGGGGCAACAGCUUCAGCAGGGGACCCCAAACUUACCUUUCCCGGACCACAUCUACCAGCUCUGACUGGGGGAUCCCAAGGCGUUCCCAGGCCAGUGCAGAGAUAUAAUCUCUCCACCUAGUCCUGGGUCUUCCCUGGACUAUUGUAUUGUGUUACUUUUAGGUCCCUUCCACUGCUAACAUUGCUUUCGUUACUUGACGUCGAUGUUUGUCCUUCAGUGCGCAAAGUGAUGGCUGCAGCUAGAGGACUUUUACCAAACAAGUAAUUUAUGACACCCAAUACAAGUGUAACAUCAGUGCACAUAUGCCAAGAAACUUUAAGGAGGUAAAGGUGAUGGUGCAGUAGUAAGUCUACUAUUUGUAUCGGGCCAAGAACUCGUCUCUGUUCUUGUCUUGUUGGACCUUAGUGCUGCAUUUGAUACUAUUGAUUAUUGUAUCUUUGCAGAGACUACAAAAUUCAAUUGGUAUUGUAGUAUAUAAUUAUAUUGAUCCAAGUUUGUGUCUGAACAGGGAAUCUGUGAUGACCACCAAUGUUGGUCACGGAGUCCCACAAGGUCCUGUGCUUGGACUGAUUUUAUUUACCCUGUAUAUGUUUCCUUUAGGAAAUGUCAGAAAAUUCUGCAUAUAUUGCUAUGCAGACGAUACUCAAUUGUAUCUGUUGAUCAAGCCAGAUGAGACCAGCCAGCUCGUUGGACUUGUCUCGGGGAGACAACUUUCUGAUGCUAAAUCCAGACAAAAAUAGAGGUUCUCUUGUUUGGCCCAGAGCGCCUUCGAGAUCAGUUGUCUGGGGAUAUAAUUUCUCUGGAUGAAAUUACUCCGUCAUCCUGUAGCAACGUAAAGAAACUUGGAGUUCUCUUUGACCAGCAUGUGUCCUUUAAUUUAGAAACAACAAACUUCACUUUCAUCUACUUGAUAUUUUAUCAGGGAAUGGCAUGAAUUCAAUUGCACUUCUCUGAUAUGAUCUGGUCAGGUGGGAUUGUUAAUCGCUUUCAGAUGUAUUUUUGUUGUUUGUUGCGCUAGAGGGGCGACAAUGAGACAACUCCCCCAAACAGGACUGGUUUUGCAUUUGGAGGCCAAUUCAAGAAUGGUUGCCGCUUCCCCCCGGUGUGAGAAGGCGGGGUAAAGCAGGUCCUUCCUCCCUGCUGCUGCCAGGCUGCGCAAAAGCUCAGCUCCACUUACCAAAUAACAACAUGGGAAAUUACUCAUUCAAUCAUGUGCAAUAUCAGUAUGCAUAUCAAUGUAUACGUGCAAUAUAAACAAACACUUCCCAUUUCAUGUUCAGAAAUGUGUGCACAACCACUUAAGCUGAUUACAUCGUAUUUUUCAUUUGGUAGUUUACUCUGCUGUAACCUUGCGAAUCUUUCUGUCUCUGUGGGACUAAUAAAGGAUUAUGUUAUUUGA